AUGGCAUCCUACUUCUCCUCUCUCAAAUCCUCCUCCGCAAUCUCCAACUUCAGCACGCGCUUCAACUCUCUCCGCCGUGCCAUAUCAUCUGGCGAUGAGACCGACGACCCAGACUCCGAAGACUGCUCUCACAUAUCCAAUGUCCUUCGAGCCUACUACACCGAAAAAGGCCGCAGAUUUCCUGCCUGGCUGCCUCCGGACCCCAAGUCCCCCGCUCCUCCACCCCCAACAGUUGUCGUCGCAACCCAAGCCUCCUUCCAGGGAUACGGCGGCGCCGCAGGAGGCGGCUUAGGCGAUCUAUGGGGGGACCCGUCGCCUGCCAGGCACCCACCGCAACAACAGCAAACCUCCAGCCUGCGCGUGGGUCGCAACGCGUCACACCAACCCCAGCCGACGUCCUCAUCACAUCUCAUGCCUUCGCCUCCGAAUGGACCCCCCCGGCCAGCCACUUCAGCACCCACCCCACGCACCACGGGAUUUUAUUUUGAUGGCCAGAAUUCCCGCACCCCGCCACCUCCCACAACUACAAGUGCUCGUCCGCUCCCUAGCCAGCUCGCGGGCUCUUAUCAAACCUCCCAGGCUGCGCAGCAGCAGCAGCAGAAUAGACUGGGUUCGGAACUCGAAAAGUCUACAUCGGCUGUGUCAGCCCAGGAGAGGCUGCGGGCAAGGCUGCAUGGGGGUAGCGCAAAUUCGUCCCCCUCCCGCACCCCGAGUCCCGGAUACAGUAGAAAUGAACAGAGCGGUGGCGGUGGACAAACUUACGGGACAAGUCGUCCGUGGGAACGGGCUGGACAGCCGCGUGGACCUCGAUGA